AAUGGAUGCCACCUGCUACUGGAUGCCACACUCUUACAUUGAGCGACAUUCGUCAGACAAAAGCCUAACGCAAUACGGCAUAACCUGGGCGAGACUCUUGAUGGAACUUUGGUAUAUUAAUGUCAAUACUCUGGCAUACCGUACAGUCAUGAUUUUCCAAGGCUAUGAUAGAUCUAGAAAGAUGUGUGGGUAUGUUGGGUAUUUAAAAAAAAUGAGUUAGUAAGCUCUUUGAUUGAUUCAAAU